CCGUUUGUUUAUCUCACUCCAAGUUUUUCACCGAAGCUGAACACACGCUACUCCAUAGUUUAGUGCAGUGUUACCGAUACAGAGCAUCUACUUCCGUGCAGUAUUUUCUAACAAAGUGUCUUAAAUACGGUUCUAGUUCGUUUAUUUGUUACUUGAAUGGGUCACCAUAAUGGAGCUUCUGGUCUGUAUACACAGCGGACGCUCUUAAGCUCGUAACACCGGAUGCAUCAGUUGUGCUACGAACAUCAUCAGUGUUGUAUACCGAUAAAAUAGCAAGCAGAAAAGUGUAAACGAUGGCGGAGGCGCAAAUCGCCCGCAUUAUGCACGACUCCCUGCACCGGGGCGUAGAGCGAGACGAGGCAGAUUUGCUGCGGUUUGCACAAAAGGAAGAAUUUUUCAUUGCCAAAAACAAAUCGUACGCUGUAAAUUUGCUCGCCUUCGCGCUUGGCCAAUUGCCGCAGAAUAUUCAGAACUUUGAUCAGUUCGAACGAUGCGAUCUUCUGACCGAUCGGAAACUGCAUGACUCACUGGCUGCUCUCGUCCAUCGCAUGCCAACGCUCCAGUUUCAAUUCAUCCCACUGGUGCUGCUGAUUGAAGAUCGUCUCGAGCCAUUGUUUUUGCUGCGCGUACAAAAGGCUUCCAACUCAACUGAAUGCGUGUAUCUCGAUCUGACCCAGCGGAAGUACGAGCGUUUCGAGGAGUUUCUCACCAACAACAAAUUCCCGCCGUGCACAUUAUGGUAUCCGAAAGAUGGUCUGCUGCGUUACAAACGCCGCACAUCGGACUCGCUGAUGCUGGUGAUCGAUAGCUGUAAAGUAAAGAACACCGGUACCGUGUGGCAAGAUAUUGCGGUUGCGGGCAGUGCGGUCGCAUUACUGCUCUCUUUUACGCCCUUAAGUGCCACGGUAGGGAUGCCACUGGUGUUGGCCUGCAGUGCUACAAGCAGCGGAAUAUCGGCAGUCGAGCUGGUUGAUAGCUACAAGCACGAAAAUGUCACCGCCGUAGCUAGGCGCGCUGUGGCACUAGCUUUCAAUCUAACCACGUUCGCCAGUGCCGGACUAACGGCGGUAUGCAGGAUAGAAAAGUUGCGCAAAAUGCUACCAGCGGAAAAGCUGCUGCAGCUCGAACGGGCUGAAAAGAUCCUCAAAGGAACCAUGCGGGGCGCUAGCGCGGGCAGUUGUGUUACUGCGCUAAUCGGAACAGUUGGUGGCUGGCAACAGCUGCCCAAUGCGGAAUGGAUCGAACUGGCCGCUAUGCUUUGUUUCGCGUAUCGCGAACAGUUCAGCGAAACAGUCGCGAUUCGUUUGAUUGACAUGAUGCAGCGGAACGGUGUUUUCAAGUUCUUCAAGCAACUUUGUCCCAACGUACCGCAUCACAUACUUUCUUCGAAAUUGGGAGACCUAAACUUUAAUAAGUUUCUGCUGUUGGUGACGGACUAUCUGAAAGAGAACGUACACUUCACAGUGGACGACAACUUUACCACGAUUUACCUAUUCGGAUAUGAAUUGCAGUUUAGUAACAUGUUCAGCAUUAACUGGGACCAGCUGAAAAUGCUACUGUUGUUCGUGCAAAAAUCCACAACCGCACUCAUCAGCCAUCGCGGGAAAGCUAAAAUGUCGCAGCUUGAUGUAAAUAAUGUGGUACAAUUGUUACAGACUGUUGCCCAGCUUCCCACCUAUCUCGUCAAACUGGACGACUACAUCACCCUCGGACGUGGUCAUCGGUUUUCAUUCGCCACCAUAGGCGCAUUCUUGACUGCUACGAACCUGGAACGAAUUCCGCUGCUAGAACAACUCGCUUCACUAACGCCCGAGCAAACGGAAGUGCUAAAUAUAUUGCGCGAAUCACAGCGCAUCAGCGGUGGUGAUCGGGAGCUCUUCAAGUGGCUUGGACAGCAUACCACCGGCAGCUACCGUACCGCACUGCUUGCGUUAAUAUCGGUAGCAGAAGCCCAAAGACAAAUGGUGCCGGAGCAAACCAGCCCGAUUGAAUUCACUGGCAAGCGGAUCACGGUCAGUUCGUUGCUUGGUUUCUAUGCGGAAGAUUUCCUAAAGCUAUCCGAGCGUUCUCGCACCGUACUGCUCCGUGACGAACGAUUUCUGCGCCUUUGUUACAAUGCCGAUAAGCUUCUUCUGGACAGAGCGAACAAAGUCUGGAUGUGCACUUGUUCCAAUACUGCUGCUAUCGAGAAUCUCGAAACUGUCGGACUGCUCGAGCAACUUAUCGUACGCGUUGGCACAUCGUCCGCGAAUUUACCGCCAGCUGCUUGCGUUCUAGAUUAUGCGCUCGAUUUCAGUAAUACGACCGUUUCGCAGGUUUACUAUAGCAUUGUUAGUGCGUGGAAGCAAUUUACCGUCGCGCUUGACAAACGAAUGUUGCAUGCACGGUUUCAGCUGCUGAUGAAUGAUGCACAAUCACUCGGCAUGGCACGGUACUAUGAUCUUCCUGUGCCGGAUAACGACGACUGGGCGGUAAACGAUGAGCAAGUUAUCACGUUGUCACGUAACGCAUUGCUGAAGCUGGACGAUACCGUCGAGAACCCGAAUUGUUCGUUUCGAUUCGGACCGCCUGAACGAGCCGCAUGUUGGUUAGAAUUGUUUCCCCUGCUGCGCAACGAAAGUGGUCGCAAACACUUGAUUCGAACGAUCAUCACACUGGUUACCAAUGGCACUGGCGCGGUGUUGAAGUCGAAUGAUAAUAACUACAGCUACUACGGAGCAACCAACAUGCGAAUUGUGAUGUUUGCUACGAAUAAGGACAAGGUGUUAGUUGAAGUAAUCAUCCCAUCCGCUGCAGAGACUCGUUUGCGUGUGUCGUUCUAUAUGUGUGGAAGUACGAUCUGCAGUAUUGGCGCUGGAUCAUAAUGUGAUUUUUGAGUAAUUUUUUUUUUCUUAUGUAAUACGACACCUUAGCCUUAACAAUCCAUAUCCAUGUAUUGGAACUGUAAUAAAGUACCUUCGCUCUUUUGUCAAUUA